CAAUGAAAAUGAACGGAACUAUUUAUCAUCUUUUUAUCUUGAGUCUUUUGUCCUUCUUCGUCUUUAACACCUCCGCUAGUUGCGUUUCUACUUCUUGUACAUGCGAUGGUGGCAGACCGCAAGGCCAAUACUGUGGUGGUGACUUUAUUGAUCCUAAUUGCAACAUUACUCAUGUCUAUGAAUGCAAUCCACGAGGUGGAGCAUGUGAUUAUGGCUUUCGCCAAUCCUGCGCUGACUGCGGAAACCAGUUCAGAACUUUAAAACAUGUAUCCUUUUUUCAAAGCUUAGGAAACAACUCAUUUUCGGGUCUGAACGUAUGGGAUCUCAUCGAAAGGUCUAGACGUAUGAGAUCUCUACACAAAUGGUCAAAACAAUUCAAAUGUGCUGGAGAACGUGUGGGAUUUCUGAUGGGAAUGCUGGGAAGUCUCUUUGAACACGGAUUUUGGAAAGUGAAAAAUAAGGUAGUAGUGGUAUCCUUAAAAAUAUUGAAUUCAAAGCAAGUGAUUUUUUCGGAUCUUUUUUGA